AAAUAUGUAGCAAUCAUUAUACUAUUUGAUAAUACUUUACGUUAAAAUUAGAAAAUAACUGUUUUGAUUUAUUUUUAAUUGAAAUAACUGAAACUAUUCAAGAUUAAGUGAUUAAAAGAUAUUGCUAGAAAAUCUUAGACUUACUUUGAGCAUUGUGCAUUGAUACCUUAAGUAUAUAAAAGUUAUAAAAUCAUUAGCAAAGCGGAAGACGUAUGGGAACUAAGUACAUACAAUUUUGCUGCAAUAGAAAACUACUUACUGUACGCAAAAUGAGUAUCGACAUUGGUGGCAUGAGGAUUAGAUAUAAGGAUAGAGAAGAAACAUUUUUAGAAAAACAUCUAGUGUCAAAAGAACCGUUUGGUCAAUUUAAGGCAUGGUUUGAAGAGGCUUGUUCGAGAAAAGAGAUCUUGGAACCUAAUGCUAUGUGUCUUGCAACUGCCACAAAAGAUGGUCAACCUUCAGCCAGGUUUGUAUUAUGCAAAGGGUAUGGAAAAGAUGGUUUCAAAUUUUUCACUAAUUAUGGAAGUAGAAAAGCCAAAGAAUUGGAAGAAAACCCCAAUGUUGCAGCAACAUUUUACUGGGAAAUACUUAACAGAUCAGUAAGGAUUGAAGGACAUAUUGAAAAACUUUCUGAAGAAGAAUCAAUCAAAUAUUUCCAUUCCCGACCAGUUCCAAGUCAGAUUGCAGCUUGUACUAGCUAUCAGAGCACUCCUAUUGAAUCACGAAAUGUGCUUUGUGAGAGGGAAAAGGUUUUAGAAGCAGAAUAUAUGAUACCUGAAAAGCAGAUUCCUAAACCUGCAUUUUGGGGUGGAUAUCUAAUACGACCAAGAGCAGUAGAAUUUUGGCAAGGUCAAAGAGAUAGACUCCAUGAUAGGAUUAAGUUUAGAAAGCCUAAAGUAGGGGAGGUUCCCGAUGAAAAGCUUCUACAUCAAGGUGAAGAUGGAUGGGUAUUCGAAAGACUAUCUCCUUAAUCUGUACUACAUAAAUAUUUAUAAAUGAACAAAAAUAACACUUAUUUAUGUCUCGGGUCUUCCAUUUCAUAUUAGUAAAUUAUGUAUAUUUUAUAAUGAUUAUUGGUAAUGGUUUAUAAACAAUAAUUUCAAGAAACAAUUUAUGACUUUUUUA